AUGUACGCAGCGGCCCCUGAUGACAACUGGUAUAAGCCCAUUAACAUUUUCGACAUGGUCGAGCUCACGAUCACCUGCCCCGCUUUUUCCGAGUUCUUGCUCACAAGUAGUCCUCAGGGCGCGGGUUCGAAUCUCAGCUUUGGCGGUGCGGAUUACGGCGGCUAUUUACGGUUUGUGCGGCGGGUUGGAGUACACGCAGGUAUCACACUGUACAACCUGCACCGUGUGUUGUGUUAUGUAUGCGGUUACGAGGAACGGUUAUGCGAACAGGUAUUGCACUUGUGGAGUUUGCCGAAUGCGGAGUCGUACUAUGCGAAUGGUGAGAAGUUUCGGAAGGAGGCCCGUCGACGCAGAGAAAAGAUUUAUACCGACAAGACUAUCACGUUGUCAUCCUUCCUGCCCCCGAAUCUGGUGCCUGCCCUCUGGCAUAAUGCUUGGACCGGCCAUUGGCCGUUGGCCCCCUGGCCGCCUUGGUCUCCUGCCGCCGCCGAGGGGACAUCCUACGCCUUCGAAUACGUCCUCGGCGGCCUCCCGUUUUUAGUCACCGUCACCGACCUCCUCAAAGGACGCACAGCACAACAGGACCUCCUCUGGGUCCCUCGACUCUGCGAAGGCAGCGCUGGCGCCCCACCGCCACAAGCCAUCUUCGAACACAACCUAUUCGGCACACUUCCACACCUCGCACGCAAUCCUCCAUUUGCACAACUCGCACACUUCCCCGGCAUCGGUAUGGAGGGCGGAAGACCCAACAUCAACAUGACAGGGGGAGGACUCAACAUAACGAACAUGGGCUCCAGACCGGACGGUUAUCCGGACGGAGGAUACCCGACAGAACUGGACUAUUCAGACGCACCGAACUUCCUACACAAAACAAACCGCCAUGGCUGCGACCGCCAUGGCUGCGACCCACCGCACAGACGUAGCUACCCGUCCCCUGGGUCCCCCGCGCCCGCUACGCCCGGGCCGUAUCACAGCCGUGGAGACUUCGGCGCUAACAGCUCGGCCACACGACCCUCGAGCCACAGGUCUACCACUGAUGACCUCCAGCUAGCCACGCCAGAGGACAUGGAACCUCUCACUGGUGCCAGCCAGAACAGCCUCGGUGCUGACUAUCAAGCAGUAAGUCUUCAACGAGUGCAUGGACCGCACGCGCCGGCUGGGGUGACACUCAGCCAGCUGAUGUGGUGUCACGCUAGGGGAUUAGGUGGGUACAGACACACAACGAGAGAGACCACAUACGGGAGAGACCGGGGCCACAUACGGGGGGGACCACAUACGGGAGAGACCGGGACCACGUACGGGAGAGACCGGGACCACGUACGGACAGAGACCUUUGUUGCAGGCGUUGCGCUGUUUAGAACCGUUGUCGAGCGGGUUGGAAGUCGAUUUAGACGCUGUGAAUCGCGUGUUGUCGGAAACGCGAUUCGGAAAGAAUUUGGCGGUGGCACGGAAGAGCAAGCGAAUCCGGAUCACAGCCUGGCACCACGAAGAGAGUGCUCGAUUGGUGCAAUUUCGGCAGCCGAUAAGGACUUUUUUCUCCCCCCUCCAGUCACCACCUAUUAG